AUGUUUGCGGCGAGAGUACGAGCUUCUCUCAAACCUUUGUUCCAUCGAAGAAUUAGCUCCUCUUUAACCCGAAACUAUUUGGGUCCUGUAGAAAAAGAUGGGGAUCAAAAUUCGGUUGUGAAGCUGUUAACGAUGCGAGAGCCUUCUCAGGUGUUCUCGGUUAAGAAAGCUGAAAAAAUUGUCGCUUUAAGCAGCAAUAAGGAUUGGAUGAUCUUGACUGUGCUGAGUCCAUUUUUCUUACCAGAAAACGAAUGGCAAGAUUCCGAGGCGAAAAAGGAAACCAGCUCCAAUGGCUCAAAGCAUCCCUCUUCAUUUGUCGUUAUAAGGAUUGGUAAUCUAAACUCGAAAACAACUGAUUCAAAGAUACACUCGAUGUGCUUGUCGAUUGGUCCCCUUGAGGGGCUUGCUAGGGUUAAUGAGGACACUGUUGACGUUUUGUUUCGAGCGAAAAACCUGAAAAAAGCAGAUUCUAUACUGGAAAAGCUAAACGAAGCAACCGUAGAUCACUCUCAGUGGACGGCUGAGAUUGUACCAGAAGCUUCUAUAGGCGAAAUGGGUAUGACAAUCAGUAGCUGUUUCCAAGAUUUUGAGAAGCAGCUAAUGAUGCUACGCAUUAUUGGGAAAGACUUGGAAAUUCUGCUGCAUUCGGUAAAGCAUCUCGAGAAUCAUCCGAUGGCUCGAGAAUGGACCAAAGCUUUAGAGUGUUCUCAAGAAGCCUAA